AUGUCGACGGCUAAUAUCGACGUCGAGACGAUCCUGAGGGGCAAGUACCCGGCCAAGGCGCAUGCGAAGCGCGUCGUCGAGUACAUCCGCUCCAAGAUCCCCGAUGCCACCGGCGUGCUCUAUCUCGAGGGCCGCUCCGACCGGUUGCUGGAGGACAGCGACGAGCCCAUCCCCUUCCGGCAGCGCAGGGCCUUCAUGUACUUGACCGGCGUCGACGUCGCCGACUGCUUCCUCGUCUACGACAUCGCGAGUGCGCGCUCCACCCUCUUCAUCCCUCCCGUCGACCCGGACUCUGUCAUCUGGUCCGGACUGCCGCUCUCGCCCGAGGAGGCCCUGGCCAAGUACGACGUCGAUGCCGUCCUCCCUUCCACCGAGCUCAACCCGACGCUAGUCCGGCUCGGAGCCGCCCCCAACUCCACCGUCUUCGCCAUCGCCGACCGCGUGUCGGACGCGGUAACGUUUCUAGAGUUCAAUAACAAAGACUUCACCGUCCUCGGCGAGGCUAUAGACGAGUGCCGGGUCAUCAAGGACGAGUACGAGAUCUCCCUCAUCAGGAAGGCCAGUCAGAUCAGCGGCGCCGCCCACAAAGCCGUCCUCGAGGGCGUGAGGGAGGCCAAGAACGAAUACGAACUCGAGGGCAUAUUCUUGGGUUCUUGCGCCCGCCAGGGCGCCAAGAAGCAAGCCUACCCCAGCAUUGUCGCCAGCGGACGAGCAGCCGCCACGCUCCAUUAUGUGCAUAACGACAAGGAGUUGGCCGGCAAGGAUCUGCUGUUGCUGGAUGCGGGUGCCGAGUGGAAUUGCUACGCCGCCGACAUCACGAGGACCUUCCCCAUCUCCGGCAGGUUCACCGAGGAAUCCCGCGCCGUCUACGAGAUCGUCCUCCAGAUGCAGACAGACUGCAUAGCCAUGCUGAAGGAGGGCGUGUCCUGGGAUGAGGUGCACGUACAAGCCCACAGAGUCGCCAUCGACGGGCUGCUGUCUCUAGGCGUGCUGAAGGGCAACCGGAACGAGAUCCUGGCUGCCCGUACCAGUGCCGCCUUCUUGCCGCACGGUCUUGGCCAUUACCUCGGGCUCGAUACCCACGAUACCGGCGGCCACCCCAACUACUCGGAUCCCGACCCGAUAUUUCGGUACUUAAGAGUCAGGUUGAACCUGCCUGCCGGCAGCGUUAUCACCGUCGAGCCCGGCCUGUACUUCUGCGAGUUCAUUAUCAGGCCCUACCUCAACGACCCGAAGCACUCUAAGUAUAUCGACGAGAAGGUGCUGGACAAAUAUUGGGACGUCGGCGGCGUACGGAUUGAGGAUAACCUCCUCAUCACGAAGGACGGUUCUAUUAACCUGACAGACGCGAUCAAGGACCCUGACGAGUUGGAAAGGAUCAUACUAGGUAGCUAA